CGGGCGUAAGCAAUAUAGCCACCGCAAUGCAGCGACGAUAGCGUGGCUUCGAUGCACGGAAAUCAUUCAAUGCGGGCCCCUUAUCGCGGCGGCAGCGAAGCGGCGUUCUUUAUUCUACGGAAGCGGUGUGUCCGCCUCUCGUGCUCGGUUGCGACGCGCACGCGAUGGCUCUCGGCGGGCUGGUGUUCCCCGCGUGCGGCCGUACGUAAAGCAUGCGGAGGGCUGCGGCAAUCAGUGGCAACUAACUGAUUAGACCGCGGCAGUCGGAUCGCAACGCUGCAGCACGUGAACGAACCAUCGGGCUGGACACAAGCGGCUGAAAGACGGACGUCGCCGACCACAGUCGUCAUGGGCAGGCCGCCGGGGCAGCCGCGACAAAUUGAGACCCUGGCAUUUUUCGACUUUAAUACAACCGGCCUGCCAGGUUAUAUGCCACGGCGCAAGGUGAACGUGAUUGAGUUGCCGCUGAUUGCUGUGCCACGGAAGCUUCUGAAGAUUCCACUGCGCUACCAGCACAAACUCACCUUUUACGUGCAGCCACAGAAUGCCAUUACGGUGGAUGUUGCCCGAAUCAGCGGUUUGAACAUCUGGGAUCUGCAGAGGUGCCCAUCCUUUGGCGAAGUCGCCGACGUUGUGAAGUUCCUGUACACCCUGCAACAGUCCAUCUGUCUUGUGGCGCACAAUGGCGACAAGUUUGACUUUCCGCUGCUGCGAGCCGAGUUGCACACCUCUCCCGGCAUCGACCUGACAGCCUUCUUCUGCUGCGACUCACUACCAGCAUUCCGCGAUAUCUUGGGUGAUGCUGCUGACCUUCAGGAGGUGACUGAGGUCACAGCACUGGGUGAGCUUGGUAAAGAUUUUUGGGAAGCCUUCGAAAAUACAAUGUGACGUCGGUGAAGGACAGUAAUGACGAGCUACAGUCCCAGCCUUUGGAGAGGCCAACAGAGUCGACACCACAGGAUAAACCUUCAUACAAUGAACAGACUGGGCAGCGCUCC